AUGCCAGAAACCCUCUCAUCGCUCCCUUCAGAAAUCCUUUCCGAGAUCUGUCAACAUCUCCCCGUAUCAGACCUUGCAAGUCUCAUCCGCACAUCAACAUUAUUCGCUCGGAUCGGGACCCGGCCUUUAUACGAUAGGCUCUUCUUGAAUUCCGUCGCUCCAAAAGCCAGCGUUCGCAUUGCAAGAUUACGGUCGCAAUUCAUCCUCGCUUAUUUCGAUGCUAACUCGGAGAAACUGCUUGCCGCACGGACUACUAAGGGCCGAUCUAUCCUCCACUUUGUCGCAGCGGCUGGCAACAUAGCGCUGCUGAAUAUUCUUCUGGUAAAGGGUGCUGAUGUCUCCCUGAAAGACCAGAAUGACGAGACACCUCUGCAUAUGGCACUGGAGAAGGGUAAAGAGGCAAUGGCCGCGAAGCUCAUUGAUGCUGGCGCGGAUGUCUUGGGUCUAGCCAGUGGGAGACCUAUCCUGGCUUAUGUGCAUGCAAAUACCUCACAAACCGUCGUCGAAAAAGUGAUUUCGGCUAUUCGGUCUGCUGGAGGAGAUAUAUCUCAUUGUCCGCCUGAUGGGCACACAGCAUUGCAUUAUGCAAGUCGCCGAGGAUACGAACGUUUAGUUGGUAUUCUUGUCGCCAACGGGGCAGACGUAUUCGCUACCAAUAAUUAUGGCCACCCACCCUUGAUUUCGGCUAUUCUACAGAAACGCGUCGGGGUUAGCAAGAUCCUGCUUGAUGCAAUGAAAUCGGAUCCCCGCGGCUACGAAAUCAACGAGCCAAUUGCUUCUCUCAAAAGGUUCCUAGAACCUGGAUUCCAGAGAAGAGCCAAUCCGUUAGUACAAAAUGACCCUGGCUACAGAGAGCCUCAAACACCGUUUGAUAUAGCCGUGCUGGGCCGAUGUCCGGAGCUAGUUAUCCUGAUGGCAGGAAUCCAUGACGCACCAGCAUUCUGGGCAUCGAACGGUUAUAUUCAGGAAGGAUUUGAGACCUGUAUCCGCGAAGCUUAUCCCGGAACAGUCCGCGUGCUUUGUGACCUCUAUAAAGAGGGAAAGGUUGACCUUGACCUCACCGCAGCUGGCAACAAAUUGCUAGAGGCGUGCACGUAUUAUGGAGAUCAUGUGCCGGACCAAGAUGUGAAUGAUACCAUCGCCUAUGUCGUCUCCGCGGGGGCCGAUAUCAAUGCGCAAGAUGAGAGGGGGCGAACUCUACUCCAUCUACUCUGCGAUUUUGGCGAUGGCGAAUCCCGCGAUGACGCUAAGAUCAGAUUGAUGAAAUAUCUCUUAGAUCACGGUGUCGAUUGGCGGAUCCGAGAUGCAUAUACUCGGAACAAUAUCACCAAUGGAUAG